AUGAAAGACGUUGCAGACACAUCCGAUAACCUUUCUCAGACCGAGACCUUGGUCAAAGAAAUUGAACAGUCGUUCACUCUUUUGGCCAAGGCAGCACACAACUUUGAUAACCGUUACAUAUCCAAGGUGUUUCGUGAUUUAGGUCCUUUAAGGCGUAAAUUGAACAAGAACUCCGAGGUUUUGCCAAUUCUUAUCAACAAAAUAUUCCCUCAAGAUUACACCAACAAGCAGUAUUUGUUGGAAGCUAUCAACGCUACAGAAUCCCAACCCUCAGAGUCUCUCGAUAAUGAAGCUCUUGAAACCUCAUUGCUUCCAGAAGUUCAGUUAUACGUUCAUUUAUUGGUUCAAGUAUACCUUUUGGAUCACAAUGAAUUGAGUAGAUUGGAUACCUUGAAUGGCCAUAUAGUCUACUUGUUGAAGUCGUUCAAUAGACGUUCGUUGGACUUCAUUCAAGGUAAAAUAUGGUUCUAUAUCAGCAGAACCAAGGAAUUACUCAACGACUUAUACUCAAUCCGUCCAGAAUUAUUGGCAAGCUUAAGAACUGCUACUUUGAGACAUGACACUGAAACCACCGCUUUUAUCAUCACCCUCUUAUUAAGAAACUAUUUGUUAUCUCAUGAUGUUACUCAAGCAUUGAACUUGGUGGAAAAGACUGAAUUUCCUGAGCAAGCAGGUAAUGGAUUGGUCGCUAGAUACUACUACUAUUUGGCUAGAAUACAUGCCAUUCAAUUGGAUUAUUCGUCUGCAAAUGAAUGUGUUAUCGCUGCCAUCAGAAAAGCCCCACAAACUCAAUUAGCAACUGGAUUUAUUCAAAGUGCUACCAAGUUGAGUAUUCUAAUUGAAUUAUUAAUGGGUGAUAUCCCAGAACUUAAGGUUUUCAAGAAACAACCUGGUAACUUUGAACCAUACUUCUAUGUUACCAAGGCUGUUAAGUUGGGAGAUUUGAAGUUGUUCGGUGAAGUGUUGAAGAAGUAUGAAGAGUUUUUCAAAAGAGACGACAACUUCACUUUGGUGUCAAGAUUACGUCAAAAUGUUAUUAAGACAGGUAUCAGAAUCAUUUCUUUGUCGUACUCCAAGAUCUCUUUGAAGGAUAUUUGUAUUAAAUUACACUUGGAUUCCGAAGAACUGACUGAAUAUAUUGUUUCCAAGGCCAUUAGAGAUGGGGUUAUAGAAGCCAGUAUCAACCAUCAGAAGGGUUUCAUGCAAUCGAAAGAAUUACUUGACGUUUAUUCGACCAAAUUGCCACAAUCAGAGUUUGAUCAAAGAAUCAAGUUCUGCUUAUCCUUGCACAACGACAGUGUCAAGUCUAUGAGAUAUCCUAGUGAUAACGACACCAAACCGGAAACCGAAAAGAAUUUGGACAAGGAAGAUGAAAUGGACUUGUUGAAGGCCAUCGAAGAAGGUGACUUGGAUGACUUCAUGGACUAG